UUGAUUGAUGGGUCAUAUGGGUUGCUACGUCCAGUCUCCAAGUAGCCCAAUGAUUAAGAUUUAUAAAAUUGCUCAACAAUGUGCGCGAGGAUCCUAUAUAUGUGCUAGUUACAGCGCAAAACUUGAACAAAAGCCCUCUAAUUCCUGGGCCUAGAACAUGCCAGUUGGGUCGAUGAUCAGCUUUCCCUAACAGCUGCCUGAUAAUGGCCAGCGGCACGGCAGAUUAUAGAAUUGCUAUUGUCAUGGGUGCUCGCGUGAAUUUUCUAUGUAUAUAAGCCGCGCACCAUGUGUUUGUUGAUUUGUCUGAAUGAUUUUGGCAUUGCUCAGUAUUCCAUUCCUCUUUUCAUUUGUUUCGUUGUUUUAAUGGAUGCUUUAGUUUGAAUCAUCUCGCCCAGUAUGUAUUAUUUGUGAGCUCAAUUGUGGAUUGAAUAUUGCCCAAGCUAAAAGCCUCUAUUGAGCAUGAUGAUUUUAUUUUAUUUUUGUAUUUUGUUUACGGGGACACAAUUUGGAGUGAUACAAGUUGUAGCUAUAACGAGCAUUUGAGUUGAACCAGCUGUUCACACUGGUUUGUAAUGGCUUCUGCUAUCCGUAAGACUGCCUUAGUUUCAUAUCAUGGCAGCAGAAUUUUAGUUGAGAGGAGUCUUAGAAGGCUUCAAGUCUUAGAUGGAUUCUGUAAAUGGCAUCAUUUUGGAAAUUCUCAACCUUUUUCUACUCGUACUCAGCCUAAAAGGUUGUGUUGGGAAGGUUCCUCUCACGGUGUUCUUUUGAGAAAGCUUGAGGUUUCUUUGAAGGAUCAUAGAUUGAAUGAAGCAUGGGUAACUUUUAAUGACUUCAAAACCUUGUAUGGCUUUCCUAAAGGCUAUGUAGUGUGCAGGUUGCUCGCUGAACUUUCCUACUCUUCUGAUCCUCGCUGGCUACAAAAAGCAUGUAAUUUAGUCUCUCAAAUUUUUAAAGAGAAAUCAGACUUACUUCCAACUGAAACCCUGACGAAGCUUUCACUCUCUUUCGCAAGAGCGCAGAUGCCUAUUCCUGCAUCAAUGGUGUUAAGAGUGAUUCUUGAGAGAGAAAAUACGCCUGCAGUGAGUCUGUUGAGGUUGAUUGUUUUUCACAUGGUGAAGACAGAGGUUGGAACAUGCCUCGCCUCCAAUUUCUUGAUUCAGAUUUGUGAGUGUCUUCUGCGUAUAAGUGCUAAUAGAAAUGAUCAUGCAAAGGUGAUAAAAUUAGACACUUUGAUCUUUAACCUUGUUCUGGAAGGUUGUGUGAGGUUUAAGUCAUCUCUGAAAGGUCAAGAGUUAGUGGAAUGGAUGUCGCGAACAGGUAUCAUAGCGGAUGCACACUCAGUUGUCAUCAUUGCAGAGAUAUAUGAAAUGAAUGGUUUGAGGGAUGAGAUUAAAAAAUUUAAGGAUCAUAUUGAUCAAGUAUCUGCUCCUUUUGUUUGUCACUACCAGCAACUCUAUGAAGUUCUAUUGAACCUGCAUUUUGAGUUUGAUGACCUUGAUGCUGCUUCCGAGCUUGUGCUAGAUAUGAAUAGAUUUCGAGGGUUGAAUCCUAAUAAAAAACCUAAGAAUGACCAAAAGCCUUGCCUUGUUUCAAUUGGAUCUCAGAAUCUGAGGGCUGGAUUGAAGAUACAAAUUUUGCCUGAGGUGCUACAGAAGGAAUCUGUUAUCAGAGUGGAACAUGGAAAAGGACUUUUAAGCUCUAAGAAUGGGAAGCUUCUCCUCAGUAAUAGAGCUCUAGCGAAUUUCAUUCAUGGCUACAAGAGGCAAGGGAGAAUUUCUGAGCUUACAAAGGUUUUACUGAGCAUGCAAAAGGACUUUCAGACAAUAGGAGAAUCAAGUUUAUGCUCUGACGUGAUUGGUGCUUGUGCUUGUUUAGGUUGGCUGGAAACUGCUCAUGACAUCUUGGAUGACAUGGAAACAGCUGGAUCACCUUGCAGCUUGACCACAUAUAUGGUACUCUUAACAGCUUAUCGUAGUAGAGAGAUGUUCAAAGAAGCAGAUGCCCUAGUAAGACAAUUGAGGAAGGCUGGUCUAAUUAAAAAUUUGUCCGUUGAGAUGGUUGCUUUCACCAGUCUUUUAGAAAGAGCCGAUAAUUCAUCAUCAUCUUUAAGCAAAUCAGAUCUGGCUGACUUCAUAAUUCAAGAAACAAGAGAAGAGAAGGAGGUGACUCCUACAGUCCAUGAGUUAAAUUCUUCUAUCUAUUUCUUUUGCAAGGCCAAAAUGAUGGGGGAUGCUUUGAAGAUAUAUCAAAAAAUGCAAAUGAAGGGAAUCCAACCCACAGUGCAAACUUUUGCCUAUCUGGUAUAUGGUUAUUCUUCUUUGGGAAGCUAUCGAGAUAUCACAAUCAUAUGGGGGGAUAUCAAGAGAAACAUGAAAAACAGAAAUUUCUUGGUGAGCAGGGACCUAUACGAGUUAUUGCUGGUGAACUUUCUCCGAGGUGGUUACUUUGAGAGAGUAAUGGAGGUUGCUGGUUACAUGAAAGAAUGUAAAAUGUACACUGAUAAGUGGAUGUAUAAAAGUGAGUUCCUGAAGCUUCAUAAGAAUCUAUACAAGUGUUUGAAAGCAUCAGACACAAGAAAUGAGGUUCAAAGAAAGAGGCUGGAGUUUGUUCAGACAUUUAGGAAAUGGGUUGGCAUUGAUUGAAGUUGAAUUGACAGUUUGCAACUAUGUGGCUCAUCUGAAAAGCAAGUUACUUAGUGCUUAGCCUUCCAAAUCUGAAGAAUACUGACAUGCAACAUUUUUAUUCCAUUGGAGCUGAAAAUUAAGGAUGGCAACAUGGAAUUAUGCUCAAGCGGGACUUGAAAUCUUUUCCUGCUCCAGAGCAAAAGGAAUAACUUGAAACCACAAAGAUUGUAAAUCCUUUUGUUUGAAUCUAUCUCUGCGUUAAUCUUGUUACAACAAUUCUUUGGAUUUUUGCCCCCUCAGUGAAGGUGAGCCUUCUUGCAGACCCAUAGGAUAUUUAUUCAAAGCAUCAAUGUGCAUGCACGAUGCUCGCUAACACACUGAAAAGAAAAACUCACAACAUAAGGGAAACCUCUGAGUUCCAACAUCUACCCUCAAGGCACACACUGAGAACCUGCACAAAUGAUGGCCUCCUUUUUCUCUAUUGUGCUGCAAAGAAAUAGUAUGGAUACCUAAUUGCCUGAUCUGACUGUAACACAAUUGUUGCAGAACAGAACUGGAAGAUGGUGCUUUGCUAGAAGGUGAGGAUAGGUAGCUGAUGUCUUUCGCAACAAACAAGUGUGGAAGGUAAUACGGAAACUAGGUCCAAGUGUCCAAGAUAUUCAACUAACAGAAAGGAACAUUUUUCUGUUCUGAAUUGCAGUGUGGAUCCCUGGAGCUCUUAGGCAGCAGGUGCAGUAGAACUUGUGGUUGAUUUGAAUAUGGCAUAAUUGGUUAGGCCUGUGAAGUGUAGGGUAUAAGAAGACUCUGAAUAUGCCAAUAUUUUCUAGUGCUGAGUUGAAGUUGAGAUGAUAUAACUUGAUUCCCUAGUUACUAUCACUACUGCACUGUGACUAAAAGGGGAUUGAAAGCAGGUUACAUCCAUGCUGGUGGGCUUGACUUCUAUUCAUAAGUGCACACUGGAUAUCUUCUAAUAGUGGUAACAGAUGUCAUUUCCCUUUCUAGCUUAUCGACCAAAAUGCAAAUUGCUGGACAAGUAAAGAGGUAUUUUCUUUUUCUUUUUUCUUGUGAUUUCCUAACAAUGACAUGACUAUUAUUAUUGUUAUUAUUAUUACCAAAUUGGGUACCAGAUUGUGUUUGAUAUUUGGUCUAUAGAAAUUUCUGAUUUCUGCUAA